UAUGAAAUUAAAUAUACUGGAAUAAUAAUAAUGAAUGGUCCUAGAGAUAAGAGAACAGCAAGGCUGAUAAGAGUGGAUGGAUCAGGAAAUGGAGACUUCAAGAAAAUUCAACAAGCAAUUGAUUCUGUUCCUUCUCAAAACAAUGAACUCGUUUUCAUUUGGGUUAAGCCUGGAACUUACAGAGAGAAAAUAGUGGUUCCGGAGGACAAGCCAUACAUAACAAUAAGCGGCAGCAAGGCCUCCGAUACAAUCAUCACAUGGAACCAAGGAAGAGAUUUACUUCAAUCUCCGGUCGUAUCUAUCUUUGCUUCGGACUUUGUCGGUCGUUUUCUGACCAUCAAAAACACCUUUGGCACCUCCGGCAUUGCGGUGGCUCUAAGGGUUUCCGCCGAUAGAGCCGCCUUUUACGGCUGCCGGAUCAUCUCCUUUCAAGAUACCCUUUUGGACGACUCUGGAAGACAUUACUUCAAUAAUUGUUACAUCGAAGGAGCCACCGAUUUCAUUUGCGGAAACGCCGCUUCUCUCUAUGAGAGAUGCCAUUUGCAUUCGACGUCGGAUAGAGGUGGGGCGAUGACAGCACAACAUCGGAAUACGGCGGAGGAAAACACAGGGUUCGUGUUCUUGGGAGGAAAAAUAACAGGGAGUGGUUCCAUGUUUCUUGGACGGCCAUGGGGGGAUUUCUCUAAAGUUGUGUUUGGCUACACUUACAUGUCCAAUGUUGUUGAACCUGAGGGUUGGAAUGAUUGGGGAGAUCCAACCAAGCAAAGAACGGUGUCGUACGGGGAAUACAAAUGUUAUGGGCCCGGAGCAAACAGAGCCAAAAGAGUGGUAUGGUCACGUAGUUUGUCGACAGAUGAGGCUACAAAACUCUUCACCAAAGACAUCAUUGGAGGUCGAGCUUGGCUUCGACCUGCACCAUCUCAUUUCAAAACGCACUAAACUCCAUCCUCAUGAUUCUGCCACAACCAAUAUUCUCUACUUAUUUUACUCCUGAUUAUACUCUCAAUAUACAUUUUCUAUCCAUAAGAUUGCGUUUUUGUGAUCCUUGUUCAAAGUGAUAGUCUACCCAUAUUUUGCUUUUAUGGUUGUAAUUUCACGCUAUCAGCUAUCUAAAAUUUUUUCUUUCUUUCU